AUGCCGGAUCUCAAUUCGGUACCACCAUCGCCUCGCGUACUGGCAGCCUCGCGGCAGUCGUCGUCCGCUUCCAUUGCAGGCAUUGCCGCUGCCGUACCCAGCUCAUCCAACACCAACCCUCCACCGCCGUCCGCUACGUCGACCACGUCCGCUACCACACAGAUGCCUCCUCCGCCUGUUCCGACCUCUCCUUCCUCCAUCCACGUCUUUCCCUCGAACCAGAUGGCCGUUGAUCAAGGCACGCAACUCAACCCCUCGUCUCUGCCGUCGCCUUUCCUCCCGCCGCCCUUGUCACUCGCCAGUGGCGGCGGCGGGCCUGUUCCACUCAGCGAUGGACCAGGCGUGGGCCCAGGCCCAGGGCCUUUGCGUCACCCGCGGCCGCUGACGACAGCUGAGCUACACAUGCAGCUGGAGAAGGAACAGGAGGCCGUGGUCAACCGCCUGACGCGCGAGCUUACACUUCUCCGGGCGCAGAACGCCUCAGUCGUGUCAAACGCUUCCUCCACGUCCGCGAGCGGCCUAUCCGACGCAGCUGCGACAGCUGCCGGCGUACCCUCCACGGGUGGCCCGUCAUCGGCCCCGUCCAUGUCUGCCUCUGGUGGACCGACGGACCACUCCCUCUUCUCGGGUACCAGUGGCUUCUCGAUCCCCUCGUCAACCGGCCGCCAUAGCCGUACCUACUCCAAUACCAGUACGCGCAGCCAGACGGCGACCGCGGCCAAUGCACCAUCCGUCGUCGGCAUCACAGCACCGGCGCCCAUACGACCCCAAGCGCCCAAUCUAAGCCGACAGAACAGCACGGCUUCGCGCCGCAGCCGCGCCAACUCGCCCGGGCCGUCGUCCUCGUCGGUGUCGCACUCCUAUACGACCCCGUCGCACAUUGCCGACGCCGCCGCAUCGGGCUCUGGCAUGGCCGUGUAUUACCAGCAGCAACAACAACAACGGCCUGGUGCAGCUACUCCGUCUGCCAGCGACAUGUCGCCUGCGCUGAUGCCGGGUACGGCGCGCUAUGAAGAGACGGCAUUUUACCGGGCGGAACUGGAGAACGUCAAGCGGGAGAACGAGGCUCUACGGCGCCGUAUCCGCGAGCUGGAGCGUGCCGCUGCGGCCACGACCGCCAGCCCUGGACAGCAACAGCAACAGCAACAACAGCCGCCGUCGUCGCACCAUCAUCACAGUCACCGCGGCGGUGCAAAUCGGGAGCGCCGUGAACGCCGGUCGAGCGAUGCGAGCCGAGGCCGCAGCGAGAGUGUCAGCACGACGGCGAGUAUGAGUGUCCAGUCGCCGGGGUCGGUGCCGGCCGUCUCGUCGUCGGCGUCGCUCUCGGCGCUGGCUGGGUCCUCCUUGCCCACGCCUGGCUCCAUGUCGGCGACGGGAGCAACAGCGGCGACUUCGCAGUCUGCAUCUGCUGCCGGUGGUGGUGCGAGCGGAGGCGGCGUGGGCAUUGCCGGCCGUCGGGAGAGCGGCCGCGAGCGCGUGACCAGCGUGCUCAGCGUGGCUGGUAGUGUGGCCGGCAGUGUUGGCGUGGGCGUGCCCGAGGACGAGGUGCGUGUGGGCGAGAGUGCUGCGAGUGCUGGACUGCGUGGCCAGGAGAGCAGCAGCGGCACCAACUAA